CCGCCAAUCACAGGAAGCAUGAAACCUCCGCUGGCCAAUCAGCGACGGAGGCUUCGAGGACGCUCCGAUCUAUGGAGGCGGAUCCGCCUACUCGUGGCGGUGAGGUUUACAAUCGCGUGUCUGAGGUGUGGACGCCUGGCAGAAGAGACGGACCACAGAGGGCGCAACACCUGUCGGAUCGCCGCCGGUGUGCUCAAGCGCCCCUUUUCUCUGCAGUCAUGGGUCGGGCUGGUACCCGGCGGCGUUACCAUGACGACGGAAUCUCGGAUGAGGAGAUCGAGGGCCGCAGGACGUUUGACCUGGAGGAGAAGGUCAGCGGUCAGAGGUUCGGCUCUGACCGGGUGGUCCGCAUGGCGGGCAAAGACUUCACCUACGAGUACAUCCAGAGAGGCGGCCUGAGGGAUCCCAUCAUGUUCGAUAAACCCGAGGGGCUGGGAAUCAUGAUGCCGGAUCCCGACUUCAGCGUCAACGACGUCAAGAUGUUCGUCGGCAGCAGACGCAUGAUUGACGUGAUGGACGUGAGCACUCAGAAGGGGACAGAGAUGUCCAUGGCCCAGUGGACCCGUUACUACGAGACCCCCGUGUGUCAGAGAGAGAAACUCUACAACGUCAUCAGCCUGGAGUUCAGCCACACCAAGCUGGAGAACCUGGUGAAGAGACCCACCACGCUGGAUCUCAUAGACUGGGUGGACAACAUGUGGCCUCGUCACCUGAAGGAGCGGCAGAGAGACUCCACCAACUGCAUCAACGACAUGCAGUACCCCAAAGUGCAGAAGUACUGCCUGAUGAGCGUGCAGGGCUGCUACACGGACUUCCACAUCGACUUCGGAGGAACCUCGGUGUGGUAUCACAUUCUCAGGGGGACCAAGGUGUUCUGGCUGAUCCCUCCCACCCACCAGAACCUGGAGCUGUACGAGAACUGGGUUCUGUCGGGGAAGCAGGGGGACGUGUUCCUGGGAGACCGCGUGUCGGACUGUCAGAGGAUCCAGCUGAAGCAGGGCAGCACCUUCAUCAUCCCGUCAGGUUGGAUCCACGCCGUCUACACCCCCGUGGACUCCAUGGUGUUCGGAGGAAACUUCCUGCACAGCUUCAACAUCCCCAUGCAGCUGAACAUCUGCAACAUCGAGGACCGGACCCGGGUCCCGCUGAAGUUCCGCUACCCGUUCUUCUACGAGAUGUGCUGGUACGUGCUGGAGCGCUACAUCUUCAGCCUGACCCGGACCUCCUACCUCACCCCAGAGUUUCAGAAACACUCCCUGGGCAUCGGUCUGAAGAGGCCUCCGGGCGCCGACGCCAUGGACCUGGAGGACGAGCAGGAGGAUGAGCAGGAGGAUCUACCGUUACAACCGUCUGAGACCUACCUGACCCCCCUGGAGCUGGAGGGACUGUGGAACCUGCUGGGGAAACUGGAGGCCAUGCCUUCCAACAAGAAAUGUGUCCCCGCCGGGAUCCUGAACGCCUCUGCCCUCGUCAAUCACGUCAAGGCACAUCUGAGGGAACACGCGAGUGACAACCCCCAGCAGUCCUACACAGGACGACCCAUCAUCACCUGGCCCAAGAGGCCCUCGUGGUACCAGCCUCCUCCUCCUCCACCUCCCCCCCCUCGUCCCAAGCUGGCCACCACGCCCAUCGUCCCCCGGCCCCAGAAACCUCCUUCCUCCAUGUCGGUGCUCAGGCGGCGGCGAGUCAGGUGCAAGCGCUGCGAGGCCUGCGUGAGGCCGGAGUGUGGAGACUGCAACUUCUGCAGAGACAUGAAGAAGUUCGGAGGACCGGGGAAGCUGAAGCAGACCUGCGUGCUGCGCCAGUGUCUCUCUCCGGGCCUGCCCCUAUCAGCCGUCUGUGAGAUCUGCAAGGAGCCCAACCAGGAGGAGACCGGAGACCCGUCCCUCACCCUCAUGGAGUGCUCCAACUGUGCCCAGAUCGUCCACCCCGCCUGUCUCAUGGUUCAGGGUGAAGGCGUGAUCAGCAAGGACCUGCCCAGCUGUUGGGAGUGCCCCAAGUGUGUCCAGGGGAUCACGGAGCGAGAGUGUAAAGGCGACAGAGGCGACGGUCUUCCCGCGAAGAGGAAGUCUUCGUCCCUACUGGACGCUCGCAUGACGAAGAUCUACCGCCGGCACCAGCACAGCCGUGACGGGGACGACUCGGACAGCGACGACGACGACGAAGCGUCUCACAGGAGGAAGAUGGGGCUCUCUGCACGCGCCGGCUCCUCCAGGAGGCCCCUGAGUGCCCAGAGGAGAGGCCUGCUGAGAGGAGGCUCCGCCCACAGAGGGGGCCUGAUGGCGUCGGGCUCCGCCCCCGUCUUCAAGCUGAAGAGAGGGGUGGGGGCCAAGGAGGUCGGCCGGAGGGGGCGGGGCGUCCGGCUGCGAGGAGGCUCACGCAUGCAGCGGAGGGGAGACGACUCGGAGGACUCCGACGAUGACGACGACGACGACGACGAUGAUGACGAGGACGACGACGACGAGGAUGACGAUGAAGAUGACGACGACGAGGAGGAUGAAGAGGAGGUGGACAGCGAAGCGGAGAAGGACCACCGGCGACACAGGAGGAGACGCAGGGCCGACUACGACGAGGACGACGACGACGACAGCGAGGGGCAGGAGUUCGACCCCGAGGACGACGACGACAUGGACAUGGACGACGACGAGCAGAAGCAGGACGAGGACGACAUGGAGGAGGACGGCCGCUGGGAUUCAGACCCGGAACCUCCGGUGCUGCUGGUGUCGGACCUGAACGACGAGCUGCUGAGCGGCUCCUACCUGACGGUGACUCUGCAGCGCCCCCACAAGGCCGCCAGGCACUCCGGCUCCAUCGUUCCCAAGCUGGAGGCGGCGAUGGCUCCGAGGACGGCUGCAGGGGGAGGAGGUCCGCAGGGCUUCGUGCAGAGAAAAGCUGCUCUGUCCAAACCGUCGCGGCUGCGGUCCGCCGACUCCGAGACCCCGAGAGGACCCGGCAGGCCUCGUCUGCGCGGUAGCCACGGUGACAGAGGCAGCAGGGCUCCAUCGGCGUCUUCAUCGGAGGAGGAGGCUGCGGCUCCGCCCGCGUCCUCCCUGCUGUCGCUGCCGUCCUUCCGAGACGUCGGGGGAGACCGCGGGGGCGAGAAGGAGGUGUGGGUGUCGGUGUUCAGGCACCUGAACAGGGCGGAGCUGCUGGCCUGCAUGACCGUCUGCAAGGCCUGGUACAAGUGGAGCUGCGACAAACGCCUGUGGAGCCACAUCGACGUGAGCCGCUGCAGCCCGCUCUCCAACCAGGCCCUGGCCGGCAUCGUCAAGCGCCAGCCGUCCUCCCUGGACCUGUCCUGGACGCCCCUGGCCCGGAGGCAGCUCAACUGCCUGCUCACCAGGCUCCCAGGUCUGAGGGAGCUGAGGCUGGCCGGUCUGCCCUGGUCCUGUCUGUCCGCCCUGGUGUCCCCCAGUCUGCCGCAGCUGAGGCUGCUGGACCUGCGCUGGUGCGAGGGCAUCAGCGACGCCCAGAUCAAAGAGAUCGUCAUGCCGCCAGGGUCCGAGUCGUCGCGGAGCAGACUGAGGGGCAUGACUGCGUUCUACCUGUCCGGCCUGGACGUGGGCGAGUCCACGCUGAGGCUGCUGCAGCGCCACAUGCCGCAGCUGCAGAGGCUGGACGUGGCUCACUGCAAGAGCAUCUCAGACUCCUGCAUCUCCAUGCUGGCGGCCAGCGGCACGCACACCCGCCACAGCCUGGGGGAGCUCACGCUGGCAGGCUGCAACGAGCUGACGGACAGCUGCCUGCUGUCUCUGAAGCGUCUGUCCUCCCUGGUUCUGCUGGACCUGAGAGGUUGCCGGGGCGUCAGCAGACGAGCCUGCGACGCCUUCAUCUCCGACCUGUCCCACGUGGCCCUCUACUGCAUGAUGGAGGAGAAGCUCAUCCAGCGCCUGGACUGACCGGCCGGGCCCACGUUUCCUGGCAGAACCCCUGGACCUCGAGGGUCUGGGACAGAAACGGAGACCGUCCACUCGUCCUCCGGCCUCGGCCAGCUCCGCUGUGUCGGCACUCGGGUCCUCAGACUCGCCGAGUCCUCGUUGGCUGUGAGUCCUGCAGGACCGACGCAGCAGGACGUCAGGCGUCCAGGAGGACUAGCUGCUGUCCCUGGUGUUUGGUUACUCGUGUCCUAAACGAGUCGUGUCUGGAAUAAACCGCUGACUGUAUUUAUCAUCGUAGUGGGAGGACUGUAUUGCUGAGACGCUAAUCUCCACAGAAAUGCUGUGGACUCGGGGUCAACCGUGGCUUCGUUAGGAGGUCCGGGGCCGCCCGGUGCUUUGUGGCUCUCAUUAGAGAAACGUGAAGACCUGUAGAUGACACCAAGACCACCUGUACUGCUGCUGCAG